GAGAGUUGUAGGAAACGGCAUCCAGCGAAGGAUGAAACUGCGAGCAAGAGGCUUUACUCUUUGAGAUUUUUUGCUAUCAACUAUUUCAAUUGUUCUAAAACAGCAUUUGUUUAAAUCUGAGGCACCGGGUUGCCAGAUUCUGGAUGUCUUGAGUGCGGGCGUGUGGAUUUUACUUGCGAACCGGCGCCACUCCAAUGCACCGUCUCGGGCACCGGCUGCUUCCUGCCCUCACUGCUUAGCACCAUGGAGGCGGAGCGGGGCUCGAACCCCGGCGGCCGCUACCGCUGAUCUGCGUAGGAUGGAUCCAGGUGCCGCCUCGUCGCUGUUUACUAACCAGUCCGCCGGCGGGGCAGGGCACACGGCGGGCAUCCGCUCCUCGUCCGUCCCGGUCAAGAUACUGCUAGAAACCAUCAUGGUCCUGAUGUGUGUAGCUGCUAUCACAGGUAACAUUCUAGUGAUUGCAAUUAUUGCUGUUACCAAACACUUCCACUCGGUCACCUCGGUGUUCUUGGUCAAUCUGGCCGUCAGCGACUGUUUGGUGGGGCUCGGAGUCAUGCCAUUUGUUGCCAUGUCCGUGUUUUACCAGGACUGGAACAGAUACAAUAACCUGUGCCUCUACGUGGGCUACACCUCGUCAGUGUAUUGUACGGCAUCGGUGCUGACCCUGGCCGCCAUUGCCCUGGACCGCUACCAUGCCAUCAUCGACUGCCUGCAGUACAACUCGCAGAGUACUGUGCGCCGCACGGCCGCUACGGUGGUGUGGAUCUGGCUGCAGUCAGCGCUCAGCAGCUGCCCUCCACUGCUGGGCUGGGGUCACUUCGGUUACUCGCCAGCCAUCCACAGCUGCUCGGUGGCAUGGGGCAACAGUCUGAGUUACGCGGGCUUCAUGGCCAUCAUCUCCUUCCUGCUGCCGGCCGCUGUCAUGAUCUUCUGCUACGCACGCAUUGUGCGGGUGGCUCGGGGCCAUGCCAAGCGUAUCCAUGACAUCGAGAACCGGCUGCAGCAGCGGUCACUGGUGCCAGCUGAAGAUCGAGGCCCCACUUCCAAUAUGCCCACCUUCUCUCACCUCAUCUCCAGCCUCAACUCCCCCAUCGUGACCCAGCACGGUUGCGGAGAAGUGCAGCAUGGCUGCCGUCACCCCGGUUUGCAGAGAUGCGCGCCAGACAUCUUCUGCAAAUAUGCUGGUGGUGGCGGCUGCCCGGGCCGCGAGCACCGCGGCACUUUCCGCCUCUUCCUGGUCAUCUUCGCCUUCUUCUGCUGCUGGAUGCCCUACGAGGUGGUAGGGCUGGUGCAGGCAGUCGAGGCGGCGGUGGCGGGUGGCCGGCGGGUCUCUAGUGUACCGUCCGGCUUGGUGACAGCAGCCCACUGGCUGGCCCUGCUCAACUCGGACAUCAACCCGCUGUUGUAUGCGCUCCUCAGCAAACGGUUCCGCAAGGCGCUGCACCACUGGCAGCGGCGGCUGGAGGCCAAGGUGGGCUUCGGGCAGAGGCCGCAGCGGGAGGAGGGUGGGAGGGCAGCGGCAACCAGUGGCGGUGGAGCCGGACUCGCCGGCUUCUUGCGGCACGUCAAGCCGCCGGGCGGCCCAGCCAGAAGCAGCUCCAACGUGAGCGGCGUCAGCCGGCUGAGUCCCCAACAGCCAGGGCUCCAGGCCCAUUCCUGUUCCGUCUUCUCCAUCAGCUCGCUGCCCCACAGCGCAGCCGACCAGCCCUUAGAAGAGCUGCUUGUGUCCGGCCCGGCGGCCUCUGCUGCCUCGCUGGUCUUCAUGCCCUGUGGCAGGGCACUGGAGUGCAGUGACGAACAGCAGGGUGAGCCUUUGCCCAAACACUACCUGAAGGUCCCUCCACUUCCCCCAGAGGCUGACCACAUGGUUCUGCCCUCUCAGACUUUCGGCGAGAAGCAGUCCUCCACUUACGUAUUCGGAAACAUCAUCGUUAAAGUGGAAAAUGAUGCAGUCGACCUCUAA